GUUUCACGUGAUGGGAUUUUGCCGGAAUUACUAGCUACCGGCUUCCGGGAAGAUUUUCCGUCCGUCCGGCUCUGCGGACUCAAGGAGAGAAAGGAAAAAAACCUUCCUCAGUUAACCACACUAGGGACCUAAGAAGAUUCAUAAAUAUUUGUGCACAGGCCCAACUCUGCCUCCCCAUGCAGAACUCCAUGAAAUGAAUAAAGCACCACAGCCUAUAACAGGACCCCCCUCCACCCCCCAUCCUGCCCCCUCCCCUGGCCUUUCACAGCCCUCAUUCCCCCCUGGGCAGCCCCCUUCUGUUGUGUUUGCCACCCCACCACCUCCACAAAUGAACCCAACGCCACAGCCCCGACAGUUUGCCCCAGGGCCCCGGCCUAUACACCAACAGGGAAGCUUCAGGUCGCUACAGCCCUACUACACCAACAGGGCCAGCCUGCCUCCCAGCAGCGGGCCUCGGGGCGUCCCACCCAGCAGUGCCCCUCGGCCUGUGACACCCACCCACGUCUACCAGGCGGGCCCUGGCUCCCAAAUGAUGAUGAUCCCCCAGCAACAGUUGCCCUUCCCCAGCUCACCACAGGGACCCGCCUACUUCAUACCAGGACAGUACCGGUCACCGACCUAUGUGGCCACACCACAGCAAUACCCAGUCCCAGGAGGAACCCCGGGCUUCUACCCAGGCACCAGCCCCGCUGAAUAUGGUACUUAUGCAGGGGCCUACUACCCUGCACAGCCUCAGUUCACCCCCUCGGUGCCGGCGGCGCCGGUCAUUAUGAACCCUGCCCCUCAACAACAGCAACCACCACCUCAGCCUCCCCAACACAUCCCCACCAAACGGGAACGCAAACAGAUAAGAAUAAGAGACCCUAACCAAGGAGGUCGAGACAUUACAGAGGAGAUUAUGUCAGGGGGCCGUAGUGGCUCUACUCCAACACCACCACAGACAGCCAUAUCGGGAUCAGAAAGUACAGCAGUGGCCCAGGCCAACGGUGAGAGCAUCACAGCUGCUGCCACACCAGCACUGGUUAGACCAGAUGACAGAGGGAAACCUACACCUCCUCCUCUGUCAAAGACCCCUGAACUUGCUAAGGGUGAACCCAUCCACACAGAGGCUACGUCCUCUGACACGAACACUAAAGCCCCUGCAGCCCCUCUACUGUCAGAACCAGAGAACACCUCUCUCAACACUAUUUCCACGCUUGCACCAGGCACUCCUGUUGCAGACGUGAUGGAUGCUCCCCCACCUCCCAGGGAACCCACACCACCUCUGCAAUCAGCACCUGAGGUACCUGCAUACCCAGCACCUCUGCCUGACCCUGUCCCCAACUCUGCUGCACAGAACAAAACGGACAAGAAAGCCACAGAGGCAAAAGAAGAGGUGGUGAAAGAGGUGGAGACUAAAGCAGAGGAGGCAGCUGCCUCUUUGGACACACCCCCUGCUCCUCCCUCCACAACUAACGGUGUGGCAGAGGUGGAGCCUGAAAAACUCUCUGUCACGUUACCACCCACUCACCUGGAGGCUCCUUUGGAGUCCCCCAUUGCACAGCCUGAGGAACUCCGUCUACCGAAUGGCCUGCCACUCCCAGCUCCUCAAGACCCUGAGGCUCCUGCCGUCAGUACAGCUGAGCGUGACGACAGCCCGAUAGCUGAGCCAGAUAUCAGCCAGCAAGCUGUAAUGCAGACCUGCACGGCUGUCCCUCAGGCAGCACCUACAGCAGCUGUUCAAACCACACCUUCACCCAUUGACCAGUCAGCACCUGCACCAGCUGUCCAGGAGGGUCCUGCUGAACCAGUUGUCCAGGCAGCACCUGCCCAGCCUGAGGUACAAGAAACGGUUCCUACAGUCGACCUGCACAUUAAGGAAGACGCUCCAAUAUUGGAAUCUAAUGCGAAGGAGGAGACGACAUCUCCUGCAGAGACGGUUUCCAUAGUCGACGGCACCCCGGAAACAGUGCCCACUCCUCCCCCUCCCACAGUGGAGGAGAGAGAGGACACCCCUCCUCCUCCUCAGACCGUCGCCCCUGCCCUUGUAGAAACUACUAUGCAAGCUGCUGUGUCUGUGCCAAAGAAGAAGAGGAAGAUGAAGGAUCUCAACAAAAAGGAGGCGGUGGGAGACCUCCUGGAUGCCUUUAAAGAGGAGCAGGUUGUGGUCCCACCAGAGCCUGAGCCAGCCCCAGCACCAGAGCCCCAGGCUCCUGCUGCUUCUCCUCCUGCCCCAGAGGAGGCGGACUUGACUUGGGAGGAUAAGGAGGACAAGCUGGACGCUGAGAACAUUCAGCCGGACCCUCCGAAGCCGACUGACAAGAAGUACCAGUACAAAGAGGAACAAUGGAAGCCAAUAAACCCAGAAGAGAAGAAGAAAUAUGACCGAGAGUUUCUUCUGGGAUUCCAGUUCAUCUCAGCCAGCAUGAACAAGCCUGAGGGUCUACCAGCCAUCAGCGAUGUUGUCCUAGACAAGGCUAAUAAGACUCCUCUGCGUCAGCUUGACCCAAGUCGCCUACCAGGGAUGAACUGCGGUCCAGACUUCACACCCUCCUUUGCCAACCUUGGCAGGCCUGGCAUGGGAGGAGGAAGCAGAGGACCUCCUCCUGGUAUGGGCAUCGGAGUUGGUGGUCCACGUCGCUCUCAGCAGAUCCAGAGGAAAGAGCCAAGGAAGAUCAUCACCAGCAUGUCACUCAAUGACGAUGUGCAACUGAACAAGGCAGAGAAGGCUUGGAAGCCUUCACUGAAGAAACCUGCUCGUAGCCGCGGGGGAGAGGAGUCUGAGGAGAACGAUUCAGAGCAGGCUAAGACCCAGGACCUGUUUAAACGGGUUCGCAGCAUCCUCAACAAGCUGACCCCUCAGAAGUUUCAACAGCUAAUGAAACAGGUGACGGAACUGACUAUUGACACUGAAGAGAGGUUGAAAGGAGUCAUAGACCUCACCUUCGAAAAGGCCAUCUCCGAGCCAGACUUUUCGGUGGCCUAUGCCAACAUGUGCCGCUGCCUUAUGGGGCUUAAAGUCCAAACCACAGAUAAGCCGGGAGCCACUGUGCAAUUCCGCAAGCUGCUACUAAACCGAUGCCAGAAGGAGUUUGAGAAGGAUAAGGAUGACGAUGAGAUCUUUGAGAAGAAGCAGAAAGAGCUGGAAGCUGCAUCAGGGGAGGAGGAGAAGCAGCGGCUCAUUGAGGAGCUAGAAGACGCUAAAGACAAGGCCAGGAGACGCUCACUGGGCAACAUCAAGUUCAUCGGCGAGCUGUUCAAGCUCAAAAUGCUCACAGAGGUCAUCAUGCACGACUGCAUUGUAAAGCUACUCAAAAACCAUGACGAGGAGUCCCUGGAGUGCCUGUGUAGACUGUUGUCCACUAUUGGCAAGGACCUAGACUUUGAGAAGGCCAAGCCACGUAUGGACCAAUAUUUCCAUCAGAUGGAGAAAAUAAUAAAGGAGAGAAAGACCACCUCCAGGAUCCGCUUCAUGCUGCAGGAUGUUCUGGACCUUAGACGGAACAACUGGGUGCCCCGGCGAGGCGACCAGGGCCCCAAGACCAUCGACCAGAUCCACAAAGAGGCUGAACUUGAGGAACAUCGGGAGCAAAUGAAGGUGCAGCAAGCCCUCAUCUCCAAGAAGGAGUCUAGUGGAGGCCCAGGAGGCAGGAUGGGUGGAGGUGGUCCUGGAGGUCGUGGGGGCCCUCACACUCCAGGUCGUGGGGCUCCUCCCCAGGACGAGGGCUGGAAUACAGUCCCCAUCUCCAAAAACCGACCUAUUGACACCUCUCGCCUUAGCAAAAUCACUAAGACUCCUGUUCUUGACUUUAACAAUCAGUUACUCGCCCCUGGUGGAAAAGGCACAUGGGGGAGCUGGGGUAAGGGCAGCAGCGGUGGCACCAGUGCCAAACCUGCAGAUUCUGGCUCAGAGUCAGGCAGCCGUCCAGCCACCAGCACUCUGAACAGGUUCUCAGCCUUGCAGCAGCCUUCAUCCUCCUCAGGCUCCUCACUGGACUCAGACAGAAGAGUUCCUCAGAGAAACAGUUCGAGUCGAGAACGCAGUGACCGAUUCGACCGCUCCGAUCGUGGCAGUGACCGCUACGAUCGCCGAGAUGACCGCGACAGAAACCGGCUGCAGGUCACUAAACGCAGCUUCAGUCGUGAAAACGAGGAGCGGAGUCGGGAGAGAGAGCAGCGUGGGUCUGCCGAUCCCGUACGCCGAGUGGCGAGUAUGACAGACGACCGAGACCGAGGUAGCAGAGAACGAGCCAGGAGCAAAGAGAAUGUGAAGCGGGAGACAGCUGCCACCCCUCCACCUCCCCAGACUCCCACCAAGCCUGCCUUGACAGAGGAGGAGUUGGACAAGAAGUCCACGGCCAUAAUUGAGGAGUACCUCCAUAUCAACGACAUGAAGGAGGCUCUGCAGUGUGUGCAGGAGAUGAACAGCACUCCACUCCUGUUUGUGUUCGUACGAAACGGGCUAGAGUCAACACUGGAGCGCAGCACCAUCGCCAGGGAGCACAUGGGCCUGCUGCUGCACCAGCUCAUUAAGACCGACAUCCUCCCAACACAACAGUACUAUAAAGGGCUUCAGGAAAUCCUGGAGGUGGCUGAAGACAUGGCAAUAGACAUCCCCCACAUCUGGCUUUACCUGGCAGAACUGAUCACUCCCGUGCUGCAUGAGGGAGGCAUCCCCAUGGGAGAACUUUUCAGGGAGAUUUCAAAGCCUUUGAUCCCACUGGGCCAAGCUGGAGUCCUGCUGGUCCACAUCCUCACUUUACUCUGCAAAGGAAUGAGCCAUAAAAAGGCAGGCACAAUGUGGAGGGAGGCAGGCCUCCGGUGGAAAGACUUCCUCCCUGAGGAUGUCGAUGUCAACAAGUUUGUGACAGAAAAGAAUGUGGAGUUCACACUGGGCGACGAGUCAGAGAAGAGCAGAAAGAAGGAGCUGAGCUCUACGGAGUUGACCAAACAGCUGGACAGACUGAUCCAGGACAAGGCCGACAACCAGAGGAUCUUUGACUGGGUUGAGGCCAACCUAGAUGAGCAGCAGACCUCCUCCAACAUGUUUGUCAGAGCGCUGAUGACCUGCAUCUGCCAGUCAGCGAUCAUCUGUGAAAACCCCUACAAGGUGGAUGGUGAGCAGAUCAAACAGAGGGCCAAGCUGCUGCAGAAAUACCUGAAAGAUGAACAGAAGGAGCUGCAGGCUCUGUACGCCCUGCAGGCCCUAAUGGUGCAGAUGGAGCAACCUGCCAAUCUGCUGCGGAUGUUCUUUGACACUCUGUACGAUGAGGACGUGAUCAAAGAGGAGGCCUUCUACAAGUGGGAGUCCAGCAAAGACCCCGCUGAGCAGCAGGGUAAGGGUGUGGCCCUCAAGUCCGUCACCGCCUUCUUCAUGUGGCUCCGCGAGGCCGAGGAUGAAUCGGACAACAGCUAGGAGCCAGUGGAGAACCAGAGGAAGUUCAGAAAGGAUUCUUGGGGAGAGCGAAUGUUCUGUGGAUGAUUCAGAAGCUGAAUCAGCAAAAUCCUUCUGCAUAAACAGAAAAAAAAUCAAGAAAAAAAAUUCUUCAACUGGGAGAGAUUGUAUUAUGGAUCGAACGUUCGAUCUUUUUUUUUUCGUUUUUGUUUUUUGUUUGUUUUGAGUUUCUCGUUUUCCCUGCGCAACCGAAUGUCUUUUUUGAAAUAAAUAAAAAUAUGGGAUUAAAUAGAGAGAAUAGAUAUGAGAGAGAGAGAAUGCUGAGAAGCGUUACAAGCCGUGGGAGAUACAGUAAUGCUGUUUCCUCCAGUAUUUUUUUGAGGUUGUUUUCAAAUGGCUUUUCCUCGCCACGGCAACACUAUUCAAGACAUUUUGCUUCAUGACAGAUAUGAAAAAACAAACUCGAGGCUGUUCACAUCUAUAUUUUUGAUGAAUCACCCUUUGUCAUGUGGAUGCGACGCGGCAGCACUGUCAUGCCACAUGUACGCUGUUUGAUCUACAUGAUGCGCUUAUGUAGACAACUAGCUUUUUGUUUCUGUUUUCUGACGUUGGAUGAUUGGAGUGUGUGUUUUUUUAAAAAAAUAGAAAACUACAAAGAAAAGUGGCAAGAGCUGUCUAACAGACAUUUCAGACAGCAGUUUCAGUAACGGUUGUGGACUACCGAGGAUUUCACGCUGACUUUACGAGGACGGUGUCACUGAGGAGAGGGGCAACGAACACUGACCAUUUUGCUGCUGGGGGGUGACGAUGCUUCCCUGACACCCCUCAAAACCCCGGCGCCCUCACCCACCCUGUAACCUGUCUGUUUUACUCGUGACCUGCGCUUCAAAAAACAAACUGUGGACUGCGAAAGGGAGAGCAAGAGCGAGGGCUCAUGGCUGCACCCUCCUCCAAAGCCUGUUGUUGAAUUUUAAAAGAGAUAAAAUAUCACUAUUGAAACUUGAAUAAAGUAUAGAGACAAAAAUCCACUUUAAUGAAAAAGGACUUUAAAAAAAGAAAAGUUUAACAGUACCAAUCCUAAGGCCUUUUUUUGCUUCCAUGAAUGGAAACGCAUUUCAGGAGAGUUCUGUAAAUAUGUGAUGGAUAGUUUUUUUUUUUUCAAAGAGAACAUGCUAAUGUAACCCCCCUCCUCUGAAACAAAGUGGCAGUUUUUCCCUGUAUUUAUAUUUUUCUCUCCACAGCUGGCAGAAGGUGCUUGUAAUUAUCCAACCCAAGUCAUUGAUUACAGUUUCAUUGAAAAUUUGUAAAUACUUUUUUGCUUUACUUUAUUAAAAAGAUAUUUAAUUAAAGAAAAUUAAUGCCUCUUUUCACGUCCAGAACUGGAAGCGAUAAUAAAGAUCGUUAGAAAUACACGCGA